AUGUCAUCUAGCAAAUGGACUUUGAAUUUGUAUUCCUCGCAGCUACGCUGCAGUCGAAGCGCACUGAGUGCUGUGAAUUUAGUGCAUCCUAAUAUAACUAGAAUUGUGCAAUGUCGGUACCACUCCAUCCAAGAAGAGCCUGAGAAGCCUCUAAAAUUAGAUAAAUUGCACAAGUUUAUAGCCAAAUCCCGUUUGCUUACGAAGCUCAGUAAAAAACCCAGGUUUCGUGCGUAUUUCGACAAACUAUCGCAGACUAAUCCGGUGAGCACCAUAACCUCAUUCUUGAUCCUCCACGAGAUAACGGCUAUUGUACCACUGUUCACACUUUGGUGGGCACUUUACACAUUGAACCUUGACGACCAGUACGAUUUACCUGUUUAUUUCAAAGAUUUGCUGGAUCGCUGCGGGGAUUCCAUCGAAAAGCUUGUUGGAGAUCACUGCCAGGGAUUUGAUCGCAACCGUCUCGUGCUGUCUGGGGCUGUGUCUUACGCCAUUGUUAAAGUUCUUUACCCGGCUAGAGUUCUUGUAAGCCUUUGGGCAGCACCAUUCUUCUUUAAAUGGCUCCUGAAUCCUUUCCAAAGGUUGGCCCGGACCUUCAAACGCAAAAAUACUGGCAAGCCACCCAGUUCAAGCAAAUAA